UUAACAUACGGCAAUUAUUAUUAAUUUCAGGACACAUUGCUAUUAGGUGUAAUUUAAAUAAUUGUUUUACCAUUAGUGCCGGUCUUGUACUUAAAAAAUACGUAAUCUUAGUACUCUAAUUUUUAUGUAAGAAUGGUUAACGGGGUUUUUGAUUUUACAUGGAAAUUUUGGCCGAAAACAGCAUACUGUCAAGAGGCUCACAAUGGUCUUCCAAAACGUGCUACAACAGAGCAACUACUGGAUAUAUUUAAUAAAUAUGCCACAGUAGAAAAACAAGAAGAAAAAUUUAUUAAUGCUGUUGAUUUCAUUAAAAAUUAUAUUGGUAUAUUGAAUGAACCGUCCAGUGAUAUUGAUUCAUUAAAAUUAUUAAGUGGGAUUGUAGACACUACUAAAGAUGGGCUCAUAUCAUUUGCAGAAUUCCAAGCAUUUGAAAGUUUAUUAUCUGAGCCAGAUGCAUUGUAUAAAGUAGCAUUUCAGUUAUUUGACAUAAAUGGCAAUGGAGUUAUCUCAUAUGAUGAAUUUGUGGCAGUUGUUAAAAAAACUGAACUUUAUUUGAAAAUGCCUUUUAAUUUGGAUAGUCAAUUUAUGAAACUCUAUUUUGGAGAAAAGAAAAAUCGUUUAAUUAAUUAUUCAGAAUUUGCUCAAUUUUUACAUGAUUUUCAUGAAGAAUGUGGUACAGAAAUUUUUCGUAUUUAUGAUAAAGGAGGUACAGGAUAUAUUUCAGCUAAUGAUUUUCAAGAUAUCAUGAUAUUAUCAAAAAGUCAUUUAUUAACUAACAGUGUUCAAAAUAAUUUAUUAGCAGCUGCUGGAGGGGGUCAAGGAGCUCACCGUGUAAGUUUUCCUUACUUUAUGGCCUUUGUUUCACUUUUAAACAAUAUGGAGCUUGUAAAAAGAAUUUAUCUAAAUGCUAGCAAUGAAAGUCGUACUAGAGAAGUAACAAAAGAUGAAUUUUUAUAUUCUGCUCAAGUAAUGUCUCAAAUAACUCCUUUAGAGGUUGACAUAUUAUUUACUCUAUGUCAUUUAUUAUAUCAAAGAUCUGGAAAAAUAAUUUAUAAUGAUUUGAAAUCUAUUACACCAGAACCAUAUUAUAAAGAAAUACACAAUCGAAGAAUAGCCGAAAUUCAUACUGUAUCAAGCCCAUCUGAUAGAGGAGUUUUCAUUCAAGUACUUGAAAAUGUCUAUCGAUUUACAUUGGGAUCAAUAUCAGGAGCUAUUGGGGCAACAGCAGUAUAUCCAAUUGACUUGGUUAAGACAAGAAUGCAAAAUCAAAGAGCUGGAUCUUUUAUUGGAGAACUCAUGUAUAGAAACAGUUUUGACUGUUUCAAAAAAGUUAUAAGACACGAGGGAGUUUUUGGCCUGUAUAGAGGAUUAUUACCUCAGUUAAUUGGUGUAGCCCCUGAAAAAGCUAUAAAAUUAACAGUUAAUGAUUUAGUGAAAGAUAAGUUCCGUAAAGAAAAUGGUGAUCUUACUGUAUCGGCAGAAGUUUUAGCUGGAGCUUGUGGUGGAUUUUCACAAGUAGUGUUCACAAAUCCUUUAGAAAUUGUGAAAAUUAGAUUACAAGUUGCUGGUGAAAUAGCAUCAACCAAGAAACUUAGUGCCCUUAAUGUUAUAAAAGAGUUGGGAUUUUUUGGAUUGUAUAAGGGAGCCAAAGCAUGUUUUCUCCGAGAUGUGCCUUUCAGUGCUAUCUAUUUUCCAGCUUACAAUCAUGUUAAACAAUCUUUUGCUGAUGAAAAUGGAUAUAAUCAUCCACUUUCCUUAUUAGCAGCUGGUUGUAUAGCAGGUGUUCCAGCUGCUUCUUUGGUAACACCAGCUGAUGUAAUAAAAACUCGUCUACAAGUUGUAGCUAGAGAAGGCCAAACUACUUACAAUGGAUUGGUCGAUUGUGCACUGAAAAUUUACAAAGAAGAAGGUCCUCGUGCAUUUUGGAAAGGAACUGCUGCUCGUGUUUGUCGGUCAUCACCUCAAUUUGGUGUUACACUUUUAUCAUAUGAAAUUUUACAAAGGUUAUUCUAUGUUGACUUUGGUGGCUCUCGUCCGUCAGGAUCUAAACAACUAGUCACAAUGCACAGUGCUGCAGAUGGAACUGUACCUUCAAACCCAGAUCAUGUUGGAGGAUAUCAUGCAGUUUUACCAAUAUUGGAAGGAAUAGAGUCUAAAUUUGGUCUUGUAUUUCCAAAAAAUAAACCUGUAAAUUAAAAUAUAGUUCAUGCAAUGAAGUGGCCAAUACACUUACAUUCUGAAAAUAUAUGAUUGUUAUUUUGUGAUAUUAAUGUUUUAUUUUUAUCUGCGUUGUUUUAAUUGGUUUUAUUAUAAUAUAAAUUGCAUUCAUUUGAAAUUUACCAUACAUACAUA